AACUGCUCAAUUGGGUGAUGUUUUAGUUUACCCUUCUUUGUUUAUGCGAACCGCCUCUCUUCACUUGCACUUAAUGGCUUCCUCUUCUUCUUCUUCUUCAUCCAUUACUCCUAAAAUAGAGUAUGAGGUUUUCCUUAGUUUCCGUGGUGUGGACACCCGACAAAACAUUACCAGCCAUCUUUAUGAAGCCUUUUGUCAAAAAAAGAUUGAAACUUUCAUUGAUGAUAGCCUUGUUAGAGGAGAAGAAAUUUCUGUAUCUCUUUUGAAGGCAAUUGAACAUUCAAAGAUCUCGGUUAUCAUUUUUUCUAAAGGGUAUGCUUCCUCAAGAUGGUGUCUCAGAGAACUUGAAGAGAUAGUUAAAUGCAAGAACACGUAUGAUCAGAUCGUAAUACCAGUCUUCUAUAAAGUAGAUCCAUCUGAUGUCAGGAAUCAAACUGGGGAUUUUGGGAAAGCAUUUGCUGAGCUUGAAAAGCGUUUUAUGGAUGAUUCAGAGAUGUUGCAGACAUGGAGGGCUGCUUUGAGGGAUGCAGCCAACCUAUCUGGCUAUGAUUCAAAGAACUCUAGGAAUGAAGCAACGCUGGUAAAAGAUGUUGUCAAUGAUGUAUGGAAGAAAUUGGAUUACAACUCCUCAGAUGUUCCUUCCAAGGACCUAGUUGGACUAGAGUCAUCAAUUGAAGAGAUUGAAAAUUUAUUAUGUUCAAAAAGUGUUUGCAAGCUAGGAAUUUGGGGUAUCGGGGGCAUAGGAAAAACUACUCUUGCUGGUGUUAUAUUUGAAAAAAUCUCUAAACAGUUUGAAGCGUCUUACUUCAUUUUGAAUAUUAGAGAAGAAUCAGAGAAAAACAGAGGAUUAAAUGACUUAUGCCAAAAAUUGAGUUCUGCAAUUUUAGGGGAUGAACAUCUCAAUCAUGGAUUCACCUUCAGAAGAAAAAGUUUCAUUAGCAGAAAAAAAGUUCUCAUUGUGUUUGAUGAUGUAACGAAGUUAGAACAAAUAAAAUGUUUAAUGGGAGUUUUUGGCAACUUCGAUUCAGAUAGUCGAAUCAUUAUAACGACAAGGGAUAAACAUGUGCUAAGGAAUUAUGAAGUGGAUCACAUUCAUGAGAUGACAGGGUUAUCUUUUCAUAAUGCUCAUCAACUUUUUGUCUUAUAUGCCUUUAAAAGAAACCCUCCAACAAAAGAUUAUAACGAGUUAUCAUCUAUAGUAGUAUCUUAUACUAAAGGUGUUCCACUAGCUCUUAAAGUUCUUGGUUCCUUUCUAUUCAAGAGGACGAAGAGAGAAUGGGAAAGUGCACUAAAAAACUUAAGAACAAGUCUUCAUGUGGAUGUCCACAAGGUGUUAAAAAUAAGUUAUGACGGAUUAAAUGAUAAAGAGAAGGUUGUAUUUUUAGAUAUUGCAUGUUUCUUUAAAGGAUAUAAAAGAGAUCUCAUAGAAGCAAUCCUGAAUGCUCGUGACUUUGACUCUCAUAUUUCUAUACAUCUUCUCAUUGAAAGGUGUCUCAUAACUACAUCAUUUGACACCAUAACAAUGCAUGAUUUACUUGAAGAAAUGGGUAGGGAAAUUGUUCAGCAAGAAUCAAUUGAUGAUCCUGGUAAACAUAGUCGGUUGUGGGAUCCUAAUGCAAUCUUUUUAGUAUUGAACAAUUUCAAAUUGACUUUUCACCAAUAUGCUUGUGAUUUCCAGGGAACUAGAGCAAUUCGAAGUAUAUGCUUGGAUACGUUUGAAGUAGAAGAGUUGCAUUUAAAUCCUAAAGCUUUCAACAACAUGCAAAACCUAAGAUUCUUGAAAAUUUAUGAGUUCGAACAUGGAAAGAAGGUGCAUGGUUUUGAGAAACUUGAGUCUGAUUUCUCUGAGCUAAGGUACUUUUGCUGGCAUGGAUAUUCUGACAAAUCAUUGCCACCAAAUUUUAAUCCAAAGAACCUUGUUGCACUUUCCUUGCGUAAUAGCGAACUUAAACAACUUUGGACUGGCAACCAGAAACUUGUUAAUUUGAAACAUAUUGACAUCAGUCACUCUAAACGUCUAUGCAGUAUACCAAAUUUAUCACUUAUGCCAAAUCUUGAGAGCUUGAAGCUUGAAGAUUAUACAAAUUUGCUUGAGAGUUUCUCAUCUAUCCGUAAUCUCCAUAAACUUGUUAUCCUGAAUCUACAAGGAUGCAAAAGCUUUGAUAAUCUUCCAAUUAGUUCUAAUUGCCAAUCUCUUCGAGUAGUUAAUCUCUCUAAUUGCUCAAAUCUCAAAGAAGUUCCAUAUCUCCCUAAUACAGUUGAAGAAUUAUAUCUAGAUGGAACUGCUAUUAAAGAAUUCCCAUCAAUAGGGCAUUUAUUUAGACUAGUAACAUUAAGUCUUAGAAAAUGUUCAAGGCUUGAGAGAUUACCAGAUAGUAUUCGUGAGUUGAAAUAUCUUAAAUUUCUUUAUCUCUCGGGUUGUUCCAAACUUGACGAAUUGCCUAAUGACAUGAGAAAUUUACAAACUUUGAGGGAACUGGAACUGGGGGAAAUUUCUUUUGCAGAAAUACCAACAUUUAUGACAAGUUUGAUCAACUUGUGGGCAUUGUCUUUGAUAAGAUGUAAGAUGCAGAAGCAAUCUGGUAUCCCACUCUUUGAUUUAUCUGUCUUCCAAAGAAUGAUAAGGCUAAACCUGAUUGAUUGUUGCAUCGAAGUGUUACCAAGCAAUAUUGGCCAAUUACUCUCACUUAAAUAUUUAAUUCUUGGCAAAAACAAUUUGGAGACGCUACCAGAGAACAUCAAAGACCUCUCUAACCUGAAAUUUCUUUAUUUAAGCAAUUGCCAGAGGCUUAAAUACUUACCAGAGCUUCCAAGCAGGUUAGAGACAAUGAUGGCAAUGAAUUGCAUAUAUCUUGAAUCAAUAUCAAGUUUACCAGCUUCAUUCCUAGGUAUUCCGACUUGUAAUGCGGAUGUUUGGUUCCACAAUUGUUUCAAACUAAAAUUAGAUAUGACAGAUGCUCUCCUGAAAAUUGAGAGAAAUGCAGAUGUGUGGCAUCACCGUGAAAGUUAA